AUGUUCGCAUAUUCAAGAACUGCCAAAAAUACGGCGAACGCGCGAAAUUCGAUGCCGCAGCGGCACGGACCGGGUCCGUUCAUCCCUUUCUCCCAUGACAACUUCCCACUCAUGGAUCUUCCACCCGAACUUCGCUGUAUGAUCUACAAGCAAGUCGAUUUUGUAACGAAAUGCCACACUCUCACCCGAGACGAAGCAAACAUACACCCCGCAUCUUGGCCACCAAACCCCACGGGAGGCUCAUCCGCUAUCGAGCUCAUCCGUCCUUCACUGCCUGUCGCACUACUCCGCACAUCCCGUCUCGUCAACGCCGAAGCAACGUCAACCUUCCGAAAGAAAAUUGUAGAGUUGAAGAAUAUGCCCUUGCAAUUCCAGGUCGACUACGCCGCACUCAUUGGCUUGACGACCAAAUUUGGCCCACUUGCGGGCUGCUUCACCAAACUCUAUCCUUACGUGAUAUUGUCCUCGACCGGAAAUCGCGCUUUCGAUGAUUUCACAAAUCGCUGCGGCCCGUUUAUUAAUCGUAAGCCUGCCCAGCAUGAUUCUGCAACAGAAGCUCCCAUCAGCGUCUGUAUCACUAUAACGCAACCGCACGCAAAUGUCCCUAGACACCACAUAACGCCGGCGGCAUUCAAAGGCGUCAGAGAUCUCCGCAAGUUCAGUCAGAAGUUCGUGUGCGAUGUGCUGUACAAUCAGGAACAUAGUUUCUCGCUGACCGCAGACGGGAGUUAUCCGUCGUGGCCGACGGUGCGGAUCAAGGGGCUGCUGUCAUAUAUGUUUGAUCGCAGACUUGCGGAGCUGGAGGCGAUGAGGCAGAAAGCGAGGAGCGCUGAGGUGACUAUGGAUUACAUUGCGCCGUUCCAUAGAUAUGGGGAAGGAAAGGUCGAUGAAGAGAUGCAGAGGAAGCAGCAGGCGGAGAGGGACAGGCUACAGAGGAUCUUCGUUGAGAACUGGAUGCGGAUUGAACGAGAGAGGGUAAUGGCGAAUGUCAUUGAGCGUAACAAGCGGGGUGAAUGA